CAGGCCGAGAGUGGGCGUGGCCGACGUGGGGUGGGCAGCCGCCGACCGAGUCGGACCGGCCCGUUGGGCGCGCUUCCGGGUGUCACCUCCAGAGGGCGCCGGCUGCGGAGCCGCCCUCAGAGUCGCGAGGCCGGACGCAGCGCGGCGCCGCCCCACUCGCCCCAGCCGCCGCCAUGAAGGCCGUGGUGCAGCGCGUCACCCGGGCCAGCGUCACAGUUGGAGGAGAGCAGAUUAGUGCCAUUGGAAGGGGCAUAUGUGUGUUGCUGGGUAUUUCCCUGGAGGAUACGCAGAAGGAACUGGAGCACAUGGUCCGAAAGAUUCUAAACCUGCGUGUAUUUGAGGAUGAGAGUGGGAAGCACUGGUCGAAGAGUGUGAUGGACAAACAGUACGAGAUUCUGUGUGUCAGCCAGUUUACCCUCCAGUGUGUCCUGAAGGGAAACAAGCCUGAUUUCCACCUAGCAAUGCCCACGGAGCAGGCAGAGGGCUUCUACAACAGCUUCCUGGAGCAGCUGCGUAAAACAUACAGUCCGGAGCUUAUCAAAGAUGGCAAGUUUGGGGCCUACAUGCAGGUGCACAUUCAGAAUGAUGGGCCUGUGACCAUAGAGCUGGAAUCGCCAGCUCCCGGCACUGCUACCUCUGACCCAAAGCAGCUGUCAAAGCUCGAAAAACAGCAGCAGAGGAAAGAAAAGACCAGAGCUAAGGGACCUUCUGAAUCAAGCAAGGAAAGAAACACUCCCCGAAAAGAAGACCGCAGUGCCAGCAGCGGGGCUGAGGGCGACGUGUCCUCUGAACGGGAGCCGUAGCUCAGGAGGCAUAAUUCAGUGUGUCAUUGGGCAGAACUGGAUCCUGAAAAAUUCAAGAUGCUAAGCACCUACACUACUUUAAGAAUUUGGAACUGAAACAUGAAGAGGAAGACAGAAAUAAGAAUUUGGGAACCUGAAUAGCUCUGCAAAAAACACCAAAGGACCGUUUUAUCGUUUUCUGUUGUUGCUGUGGUGGAGUGAUGCAGUGGGCACUGCCGGUGGGCCAGGGGGCGGGUGUGCAUGUGGUAGAAGGUAUGCGCUCGUGCCUCCCCCACAGAAAGGCUUUGUUGGUUUCUACCACAUCUUGGCUUGCUUUUGGAACAGGCUGGCCCGCAUCAUUUGUCAUCAAGUCCACUGUGGUGUAUUCUGCGUGUCCAUGGCGGGGGUUCUCCAAUACACUCACACUGUCCAUGUUCUUUUUAUUGCCAGGGCCCGUGUUGAAGUGUCAAGAGAGCAAUCAUCAAUGAUAAUGUAUUGUGUGAGACCUUUGCAUCUUGUAAAUUUUCUCUUUUUUCUAAAAAUAAAUAAUAAUAAAAUCCUAA